AUGACAUCAGCGGAGAUAGCAAAAAUAGCCUUAGAGCACAAGAACACGGGUAAUGACCUUUUUAAAAGGAAGGAAUAUGCCCAAGCCGUCGAUGCCUAUACCAAGGCCAUUGAUGCGGACAGUUCUCAAUCAGUUUUUUUCAGUAAUCGAGCCUUUGCAAAUCUGAAGUUGGAUAGAUUUCAAAGUGCAUUAGAUGACAGUACAAAAGCAAUUGAAUUAGAUCCAUCAAAUGUAAAAGCAUACCAUCGGCGCGGUAUGUCUUAUGCGGGGUUGUUAGAGUUUGGACAGGCGAAACGUGAUCUUUUAGUUGUAUUACGUGCAAAACCAAGUGACGCUACAGCAAAGCAAACUCUUGCACUAUGUGAAUCAAUGCUACAACGUGAAAGAUUUGAGCGGGCGAUUAGAGCAUCUGGUUCUGAAAGCAGUGAAAAGUUGUGCAGGAGUUUAUCUCUUUCGUCGUUUGCAGGAAAUACGGAUGUUAAUAAGUAUGAAGGCACGCGACUAGAAAUCGAGCAAGUUUCAGAUGAUAAGGGGAAGCCUAAGGGACUACGUGUGUUGAAUAUGAGCAAAGAGUUUAUUUCUCAUGUUGUAAAAGAGGUGUUUUUAAGGGGCAAAUCAUUACCGAAAGUUUAUGUGGCGGCUAUAGUUUCGCAUGCGGAAAGCAUUUUUGCCGCCGAAGCUACUAUUGUUGACCUAAAUAGCGAUGAGGUUGGAGGCAAGAUUUCGGUUUGUGGAGACACACACGGGCAAUUCUACGAUGUACUGAACUUAUUCAAGACGUUUGGUAAGGUUAGUGACGACCACGCAUACUUAUUUAAUGGUGACUUUGUUGACCGUGGUUCUUGGUCGUGUGAGGUUGCAAUCCUUUUCUACUGUCUAAAGAUUCUAUAUCCUAAGAGGCUCUUCUUGAAUCGUGGUAAUCAUGAAACGAAUAAUAUGAACAAGGUUUACGGUUUUGAGGAUGAAUGCAAGUACAAAUACUCCCAGCGGAUCUUCAACCUGUUCGCUGAAAGUUUCGAGGCGCUACCUUUGGGUGCUGUCAUCAAUAACGACUACUUGGUUAUCCAUGGUGGCAUAGUAAGUGACGAGUCUGUUACGCUGGAUGAUAUGAAACGCAUUGAUCGUUUCCACCAACCACCACGUGACGGAUCUUUUAUGGAACUAUUGUGGUCCGAUCCACAGGAGAAUGAUGGUUUGGGUCCCUCGCAACGUGGUUUGGGUUACGCUUUUGGCCCUGAUAUCACUGCCAAGUUUUUGGCUAAAAACGGUUUGAAAAAGGUAAUCCGCUCUCAUGAAGUGCGUAUGGGCGGUGUACAAUUUGAGCACAAUGGAGGGUUGAUUACCGUGUUCAGUGCACCAAACUACUGUGAUAACCAAGAAAAUCUGGGUGGUAUUGUGCACGUAUGUCCCGGUAAGGGAAAUAAGGGUGUAUUGGGUAACGACGACGAGAAUCUUUUCAUCGAAACUUUUACGGCCGUCGAACAUCCUGAUAUCAAACCAAUGGCAUAUUCUAACGGGGGUAUCGGUUUCUAG